AUGCCCCAAACCAAUAUGCAGACAGUUGAGAUAUUCGAUAUUUGGGGUAUUGACUUCAUGGGACCCUUCCCUUCUUCAAAUGGUAAGGAAAGACAGUGGCAACUAGGUGAAUUGGAGGAAUGGCGUCAACAAGCAUAUGAAAACUCCUCAAUUUACAAGGCAAAGACAAAGAAGUGGCACGAUCAGAGGCUCAAAGGUCCCAAGGAGUUUCAGAGUGGAGAUAGAGUAUUGCUAUAUAACUCACGUCUUCGGUUGUUCCCAGGGAAGCUCAUGAGUCGAUGGUCGGUGUCAUUCGUGGUUAAGCAAGUUUUCUCAUAUGGCAUAGUCGAGCUUCAUCAUCCUGAGAAGGCUGAUUUCAAGGUCAAUGGACAUAGGCUCAAGGUGUAUCAUGGAAACUCGUUGGAGACUGAGCAGCAGGUUAACAUGAUUAUGUACCUACAAUGA